CAAUUGCACUGUUUGUUUUGAGACGGCGAACAAUAACAAACCAGUGAUAUGAGUUAACGUAGCCCCGCCGUAAUUAAGUUAGAAAAGUACCAGCCAUUAGGAAAAUCUUCCACCGUUAAUUACUUCCUCAGUUUGUCUUGAGUUCGGGCAGUAAAAUGCCAUUGUUUCACCGGUUUGAGUUCGAUGUGCUAGGGCACACGGUGUCCCUUCCGGUGCCAUUGCUGGUAAAUGUGGCCAUAUCGUGUGGGGCGUACUAUGCCGGUCGCAGCCUCAUUCCGAAGAUGAAGCCGAUGUUUAUCAAUGCAAAUCUGUACGGGAUCGACAUGAACAAAACCUCCAAGCCCAAGAUUCCCGAAGCGUUCGGUGUGGUCACGGGAUGCAUCUUUCUGGUGUCGCUGUUCCUCUUCAUACCCGUGCCUUUCUUGCGAAACUUUUCCGCCACCAUCCAGGGCGACUUUCCGCACGAUAAGUUCGUAGAGUUCAUCGCAGCCAUGCUCUCGAUCUGCUGCAUGAUCCUGCUCGGGUUUGCGGACGAUGUGCUGAAUUUGCGGUGGCGCGAUAAGCUGUACCUUCCGACGGUUGCCUCACUGCCGCUGUUGAUGGUGUACUACACCAACUUCAACUCGACCACCGUCAUACUGCCCAAGAUGGUGCGGCCGCUGCUGGGCCACUCGCUCGACAUCGGUGCACUGUACUACGUGUUUAUGGGCAUGCUGGCAGUGUUUUGCACGAACGCCAUCAACAUCCUGGCCGGCAUUAAUGGGCUCGAGGUGUGCCAAUCGUUGAUCAUUGCCGGCUCGAUCGUGCUGUUCAAUGUGCUGGAGAUCCUGCACGGUAACCACAGCGAGGCGCACGAGUUUUCGCUGUACAUUAUGCUGCCCUACAUCGGUGCUACGCUGGCGCUUUGGCGAUACAAUAGAUAUCCUUCCCAGGUGUUUGUGGGCGAUACGUUCAACUACCUGUCCGGCAUGACGUUCGCGGUCGUCGGCAUCCUCGGUCACUUCAGCAAAACCGUACUGCUGUUCUUCAUCCCACAAGUGCUCAACUUCCUCUACUCCGUGCCGCAGCUGUUCCGGUUCAUUCCCUGUCCCCGCCAUCGUAUGCCGAAGCACGAUCCGGCAACGGACCUGCUACACAUCAGCCGAACACAGUUCCGCGUCGACGAGCUGAACCCGCUCGGCCGGCUCUGCUACCAGGUGUUCCGCCAUCUACGCCUGAUACGGUGCGAGCUGGACGCCGAUGGUAAGACGGUCACGUGCAACAACUUCACCAUCAUCAACUUCUGCAUCCUGCUGACGGGGCCGAUCAGAGAGGAUCGUCUAAAUCGGUUGCUGGUCGUGUUUCAGCUGCUUUGCGUUGCGUUUGCCUUUACGAUACGCUACCCACUGGCGCACUACUUUUACGAUACGAACUGAAGAGCGACUACUGGCUGGACUGGAAGAACACCAAAGUUUCUUAAAAGUAGUAAGAAAAGGGGGGUAAAUAAAAGCUUAGCUUAACAGGGGGCAAAAAACUCGAAAGUGGAAAUAUGUUAUAUGAAAAGUUUUGAAAAUAAAGAAUAGGUGCAUUUUUCUUACAUGAAGCAAA